AUGGCUGACAGCCCUACGUGGCUUCCCUCCGGAUCCCUUAAUCUCGAUCAGUUGGAUCGUCCCUCGGGCCUACUCCACCUGUGGUUCCUUCUGGUUCAUGGACUAGCCGACGUCGUCUGGAGUUGCCCAGACCAGCGCAUGGCUUUGGAUCUGCUGUUUGAACUUAUUCUUACUCCGAUUCAGGCCUUCAAUGAGAGGCCUGUAGGUGAAAUGCCGUCGGACCUGUCAAUUGGACUUUGCAACAGCCUGCCUAUGUUUGACAGGGUGCGCUAUGCGAUGCCCAACUCUGCUGCUUAUUCAUGGACGACUACAUCAACCAGUGAGUGCCCUGUCCCGGUGGGGCCAACAUUUGUCAUCUUCCUGACCAAUCAUAUUUUACUCCCGAAGCUGCAGGUUUGUUGUAUAUAG